UUUUGUAAUUUCUCUUCGACUUUCUUUUAUUUCGUUAAAUCAUUUUGGUGUCUUGGUAUCGUUCUUGGCUUUAAUUUUUAUUCAUCAAGGUUCGAGCCCCUUUCGGUAUUAUUAUUUUUAUUCUUAACUUUUUCGUCUCUUUUUACAUUUUCUACUUGUUUGUAUGUUUAAAUUUAAUUUUUAUUUUAACUUUUAUAGAUGCUAGACUUCUGAAAAAGAUUUUUUUGUAUCAACACAAUGGAAAGUCAAGAAAAUGAAAAUUCUAAAAGGCGUAUAUCAAAGCCUAGAGUUCAAUAUUCACCAGUUACUGAAGCAAAGCGAAGUUAUACAAAGAAAACAAAGCAAAAAUUUAGCGUAAAACGUUUAAAUAGUUUGUUUAAUGAUUCUUCUUCAACCUAUUCAACGAGAGAAAGUUCGGUAGAUGAAUUUUUUGGUUAUGAUGUUUUGUCUCAAUUUGACUUGAGUAAUCAACUUGUAUCGAUGAAACAAAUAGAUUUUGUUUUGCCUCCAUAUCCAGACUUGAGGGAUGCUCAAGAAUUAAAUUUGGGGGUUGCUGAACAUAUUGAAAAUUUUUUGGAUGAACAAGAAGAGAUUAAAUUGUUGGAAUCAAAUUUGUUUGAAAAUGAUCAUGUGGUUGAGCAAAUGGAAAUUACGCAAGCGGAAGCUGUUGAACAUAUGGAAAUUGAAGGUAUUUUGUUUGUUAAAGUUUAUUUUCCUUCUAUUGCUUUCUCCAUUCCAUCUGGACGUCUUUUGAUUGAAUUUUCCGGGACAGUUUUACACAAUCUCGUUACUCUAUUUACGGUUAUCCAUUCUAAAUUAAAAGGUAAUACCGAAGCAUACAGACCCCAUUUUUUCCUCCCCAAUUUUCCCCUUUAUUUUUACAAAAUGGUCAGGCUUUUUCCUUUCUUCCAUCCAAUUUGCCUUCCUAAUUUUUGCCUACAAUCAAACAAAAAGGAUUAUUUAAUUUUAUACAAGGGCAAGUACAUGCAAAAAACAAGUAAGAGUAGGAAGAAAGGAAAAAGCCUGACCAUUUUAAAAAAAUAUAAUUGGGGAGGAAAUGCUUCAGUAUUACCAAUUAAAAUUUGUUUUCAUCAAGAACCUCCUGCAGAAGAAUCAGCAUCCUCUUCACAACAACCAUACAUCGAACCAACAAAUUCUACUUCUUUUCCAGUCGAAUCUGUUGGUCAAAUUUCCCCCUCAAAACUAGAACGUCCUCCUUAUCAUUCAAAAUUGAAAUUAAAAAUAAAAUUGCCUAGAAAGCCAAAUACAGUCCAAACAGCAAUUGAUAAAAGGACUAGAAGACCAACCAAAUUUUCCGAAGAUUUUGUUUUUACUCCAUUAGUAAUGCAACGGAAAAGCAACGAUGCACUAAAAAUAAAACAGAAGGCUAUAAUUAAACAACAAGAAUCAAAAGCAGAAAGAAAACGUUUGUAAAUUUAUUUUUUUUUAAUAUUUUUUCACAAAUAUUUUAAAUUAAUAUUUGAAAAAAUUGAAGGGAUCAUUAAAUUUUGAAUGUCGGAUUGCGUGGACUAUCUUGAAAUAAUUUUCGCGGGGGCAGACUAAAAAUUUCCAAUUUUGCUACUUCUACUCCCAAUAGAUUUUUUGUUUCCCCAUUUCAUUUGAGAGGGUGUAGAUUCAUUUGCCAUUUAAAUACACUCAUUCUAGUCUGGCAUUGUAUUAAUCAUUUUUUC